ACCCCGCCCACUCCUCUCUUCCACCAAUCCUCUCUUUUUUCUCUGGUUAGGUUUUUUUUUUUCGCGAUUGUCUCUGGCGACCGGAAGAUUCAGAAUUUGAGCUCUCCAGAUCAAGAUUAUUCAUCCUUAGGUUUUGAAGUCAACGGAAGAAGAUGCAUCCCCCUUUGACUCUACAUAGGCACCCGUUAUGUGCUGAUAUUAUUGAGGAGUUUCAGAAGUGUCAUACAGACCACCCACUAGGAAAAUUCCUUGGGCAAUGCACAGAUCUGAAGAUAAAGCUUGACCGGUGCUUUAGGCAGGAGAAAGCUAUAAAGAGGAAGGCGAAUUUUGAGCAGAGCAAGAAGUUGAAGGAGAGGCUCCAGGCUUACAGGAAGGAAACUGCUGACUUGUAAUCAAGAUGGUGAUAGGAGGUUUGUUUCCGGACAUUGUUUUGCAUCUCAACUCAUGAACAGAAGUUUAGCUGCUGGGGUUGAUCGAAGAAAGAUUCGUGAAUAGAAUUGUUGUUUGUCUAUUCUGAUGUCUUCAUGGAUCUCCCUUGUUUAAGUCAGUUGAAGUGAAAUAAGAUGUAUAUACACAAGAACUGAUAAACUUUAUAAGAGCAACUUAUCCGACCAUUCUAUCAGGGUAGAAGUGGGGAUCCAGGAUUUGAACUUUAUUGGUUCAAGUUCGGAAUGCUACAAGUCUACUACAACUCAUUUUAUUUAUUGUGUUCGAAAUCUAUUACUUGUUUAGUGAUUUUUUUAACGCAUA